AUGGCUUUUCUAUUUGCUUUUGUUGCAAUUGUGCUGUGGGGUUGCGCUGAGGGUAAAGAGUGCACAAACAGUAUUGGUCAAUCACAUACUUACCGUUACCAGUUAUUAACAUCCACAAAUGAAACUUGGAACAUAAUGUCACAUUAUAAUUUUGCUCCAAAGGAUGACCAUGACCACCUUUGGGCUGAUUUGCUACCAAGGAAGUUGUUGAAAGAGGAAGACCAACAUGAUUGGGGUGUGAUUUUGAGGAGAAUUGAGAAAGUGGGUGUGUUGAAGCCACCCCACCAACGCCAAGAUUUUCUCAAACAAGUGUCUCUGCAUGAUGUGAGAUUGCAUGAGGGUUCGGUCCAUGCUCGGGCACAACAGACAAACUUAGAGUAUCUGUUGAUGUUGGAUGUGGACAGGUUACUCUGGAGCUUUAGGAAGACAGCUGGUCUUCCAACUCCUGGAAAACCAUAUGGAGGGUGGGAAGAUCCAAAAGUAGAGCUUCGGGGUCAUUUUGUUGGGCACUAUUUGAGUGCAUCAGCUUUAAUGUGGGCUAGCACACAUAAUGAUAGCCUGAAGAAGAAAAUGUCAGCUCUUGUUGCCAAUCUGUCCCUUUGUCAGGAGAAAAUUGGUACAGGAUAUCUAUCUGCCUUUCCAUCUGAAUUUUUUGAUCGAUUUGAAGCUAUUAAGCAUGUUUGGGCUCCCUAUUACACCAUCCACAAGAUCUUGGUUGGCCUUCUGGAUCAACAUUCUAUAGCUAAAAAUCCUCAAGCUCUAAAUAUGGUGAAAUGGAUGGUAGAUUACUUUUACAACCGAGUGCAGAAUGUUAUAACAAAGUUUAGUAUAAGUAGACACUAUAAGUCACUGAAUGAAGAGACUGGAGGCAUGAAUGAUGUCCUUUACAAACUAUACAGCAUAACGGGAGAUAAAAGGCAUCUUCUGUUAGCUCACCUUUUUGACAAGCCAUGCUUUUUAGGGUUGCUUGCAAUGAAGGCUAAUGAUAUAGCUGGGUUUCAUGCUAACACACAUAUCCCAGUAGUUGUUGGAUCUCAAAUGAGGUAUGAAGUCACCGGUGAUCCACUCUAUAAGGAAAUAGGAACAUUCUUUAUGGAUCUUGUUAACUCUUCUCAUACUUAUGCAACUGGAGGGACGUCAGUCAACGAAUUUUGGGGUGAUCCAAAGAGAAUUGGAGACACCCUAGAAUCAACCAACAAUGAGGAAUCAUGCACAACUUACAAUAUGUUGAAGGUUUCACGCCACUUGUUUAGAUGGACCAAAAAGGUAUCGUAUGCAGAUUAUUAUGAGCGUGCCUUAACAAAUGGUGUAUUAAGCAUUCAAAGAGGAACAGAACCUGGAGUGAUGAUAUAUAUGCUUCCACAAGGUCGCGGGGUUUCCAAGGCUAAAACUGACCUUGGUUGGGGAACGAAGUUUGCUAGUUUCUGGUGCUGCUAUGGAACAGGAAUUGAAUCAUUCUCAAAGCUGGGAGAUUCUAUCUAUUUUGAAGGAGGGAAAAAUCCUACUCUUUACAUCAUCCAGUACAUAUCAAGCUUAUUUAAUUGGAAGUCUGGGCAAAUUAUUGUUAAUCAGACAGUUGUUCCGGCUGUUUCAUGGGAUCCUUUCCUACGAGUGUCAUUUACAUUUUCUCCAGCUAAGAAAAAUGGUGCUUUGUCUACACUUAACUUCAGACUACCAACUUGGACGCAUAAGGAUGGUGCAAAGGGUAUAUUGAAUAAUGAGUCUUUAUCUCUACCAACCCCAGGAAACUUUUUGUCUAUCACCAGAAAAUGGAAUGCUGGUGACAAGUUAAGCCUUCAAUUUCCCAUGAUCCUCAGAACCGAAGCCAUAAAAGAUGACAGGUCUCAAUAUGCCUCUGUUCAAGCAAUUCUUUAUGGUCCUUAUCUUCUUGCUGGUCACACCACUGGUGAUUGGGACAUCAAAGUUGCACCAAAUGCAUCUUUAGAAGACUGGAUUACUCCAAUUCCAGCCAGCUACAACAGUCAGUUAUUCUAUUUUUCCCAAACCUUUGCUAACUCAACUUAUGUUUUGACAAAGUCAAACGAACCAUUAGCAAUGAAAAAAUUACCUGUGCCUGGAACUGAUUUGGCCCUUCAUGCUACUUUUAGAGUUAUCCCCGGAAAAUUUUCGACUGAGUUUACCACAUUGACAGAUGCUAUUGGUAAAACAGUAAUGCUAGAACCAUAUGAUCAUCCGGGAAUGCGACUGAUUCACCAAGGAAUGGAACAUCCUCUUACCGUAAUAGGCUCUUCCUAUGGUGGACCCUCUUGUAUUUUUCUUGUGGUCCCAGGGUUGGAUGGACGAAAGGAAACCAUAUCUUUGGAAUCCAAAAGCCAUAAUGGUUGCUUUGUGCAUAGUGGUUUGCAUUCAGGUAGUGGAGUGAAACUCAGUUGCAGGACUUCUGCUGAUCGUACAUUUAAACAAUCAGCAAGUUUUAUUGCCAAAAGAGGAAUAAGCAAAUACAAUCCUAUCAGCUUCGUGGCCAAAGGGUUAAACAAGAAUUUUCUUCUGGAGCCGUUAUUGGCCUUCAGAGACGAGUCUUAUACGGCUUAUUUCAACAUUAAAGGUUGA